AUGAACGAACCAAUCGAUCAGCCACCCACUUCGCUGCCCGCAGCCUCCAACAAACCGGCCACGACCUGGCAAGAUCGUAGAGGAAUGUUCCAACGGGGAAAAGAAGUACACGAGCCCAAUGCAGGCGUUAGAAGGCUUUCUCAAAGUGGCRCUGGGAUUUUUGAGGCCGUGAGAAGGGCUUCGACCGCCAGUAACGGUUCACUUGUCGAUAAGCCAUUGAGUAAUGACCYUGCCUCUCCUACCGCCAACUACCCCACCGCGUCUGGAUCGAGGAGAAGGUCUUCUGCGGCUUCCGCUGCGCGUUUCGGAAAUCUUGCACAACAUAAGCGUGGUAGCGAGGAUUAUGAGAUGCGAAGGGCUAGCCAGUCUGAGCAGCUGGCUUCUUCUGGUGGUGUUGUUGCUGGGUGGUAUAACUCGGUGUUCAAGGGAGUGAAGAAAGCGGAAGAAUCAUCGCAGAAGCCGGAGAAGCGGGGAGUUAUGGAAUGA